GGUCAACCCAAAUUACCUAAAUCAAUCUUUCAACCCCUCGAUUGAUAGUCACGAUAGUUGCGAUAAUCAACUUCAACCCACCUACGGCGACUUGUAUAUCCUGAUUGAAGAUGGAUCGCCAAUCAGUAUACUCCGUCUCUGUUUUUCAGUCCAAUUCAGGACCCAACGAAGAUAGCAGACUGCAAAUACAAGAGCAGUUGGUCACCUUCAUCCUCCAAUUCAGACAUGACAACAUCUUCGUCUACCGAGAUCAGUUAAGAGAAAACGCUCUGCUGAAGAAAUACUACUGCGAUGUCAACGUAACCGAUUUAAUUAAGUAUAAUGAGGAACUUGCGCACCGCCUAGUAACGGAACCCGCAGAGCUCAUUCCUCUGUUCGAAGGAGCUCUUAAGAAAUGUACACAUCGAAUCGUAUUUCCCCACGACCCUAAGGCUGUCAUCCCCGAACAUCAACUUCUUCUCCACUCAUCAGCCGAAGAUGUCUCGAUCCGCCAUCUAGACUCUGAGACUAUUGCAAGAUUAGUCAGAGUUCCAGGUAUCGUAAUUGGAGCUUCUGUCAUGUCUUCCAAAGCCACCGAAUUACACGUUCAAUGUCGAAAUUGUCUACACACUCAGAUUAUCCCCGUCUUGGGUGGAUUCACCGGUAUUACGCUUCCACGAACAUGCGCUCGUCAAAGACCUCCAAACGACCCUUCGGAGAAGUGCCCGCUUGAUCCUUACUUCGUUACCCACGAGAAGUCCAAAUUUGUAGAUCAGCAAAUCAUCAAACUUCAAGAAGCCCCUGAUCAGGUACCUGUGGGAGAACUUCCACGUCACGUUCUUAUCUCCGCAGACCGAUACCUCACCAACAGGGUUGUGCCGGGUUCAAGAUGCACGGUAAUGGGUAUCUUCUCCAUCUACCAAAACAAAGGCUCCAAGAACUCGUCUACCGGUGGUGCUGUAGCCAUCAGAACACCUUACCUCCGAGCAGUGGGACUCCAGACGGAUGUGGAUGCUACGGCCAAGGGUCACUCCAUUUUCUCGGAGGAAGAAGAACAAGAGUUUAUGGAGCUUAGCAGAAGACCAGAUCUUUAUAACAUUAUGGCCGAUUGCAUUGCCCCCUCGAUUUACGGUAACCGGGAUAUAAAGAAAGCUAUACUUUGCCUGUUACUUGGAGGUUCCAAGAAGAUCUUACCCGAUGGGAUGAAACUGAGAGGUGACAUUAACGUCCUCCUUCUUGGUGACCCUGGUACAGCGAAGUCGCAGUUGUUGAAGUUCGUCGAGAAAGCCGCUCCUAUCUCUAUUUACACCUCUGGUAAGGGAUCUUCCGCAGCUGGUUUAACAGCCUCUGUUCAAAGAGACCAUUCUACACGAGAGUUCUACCUGGAAGGUGGUGCAAUGGUGUUGGCGGACGGCGGUGUGGUGUGUAUCGACGAAUUCGACAAGAUGCGAGACGAAGAUCGUGUCGCAAUCCACGAAGCCAUGGAACAACAAACUAUUUCGAUCGCCAAGGCUGGUAUAACGACUAUCCUCAAUGCCCGAACGUCGGUCCUUGCUGCCGCCAACCCCAUAUUCGGCCGAUACGACGACAUGAAGACACCGGGAGAAAAUAUCGACUUCCAGACUACUAUCUUAUCACGUUUCGACAUGAUUUUUAUUGUCAAGGAUGAGCACACCCGAGAUAAGGACGAGCGAAUUGCCAAACACGUCAUGGGCAUUCACAUGGGUGGCCGCGGCCUCGAGGAACAAGUCGAGAGUGAAAUUCCCGUAGAGAGGAUGAAGCGGUACAUGAGUUACUGCAAAUCCCGCUGCGCUCCUCGUCUCUCCCCGGAAGCCGCCGAAAAGCUGUCAUCCCACUUCGUCUCGAUCCGAAAACAAGUCCACGCCUCAGAACUCGAAGCCAACGCACGAUCCAGCAUUCCCAUCACCGUCCGUCAACUCGAAGCCAUCGUCCGUAUAACCGAAGCACUCGCAAAGCUUACCCUCUCCCCUAUCGCCACGGAACAACACGUCGACGAAGCGAUCCGUCUCUUCCUGUGCUCGACCAUGGACGCUGUUACACAAGGAACUACAAACCAAGGGUCGCGCGAACUGAACGAGGAAGUCUCGCGCGUUGAACAAGAGUUGAAGAGAAGAUUGCCGAUUGGGUGGAGCACAAGUUUGGCGACGCUAAGAAGGGAGAUGGUUGAAGGGAAGGGAUUUAGCGAACAGAGCUUAAAUAGGGCGUUGAUGAUCUUGCAGAGACGAGAUACUAUUAUGUUCCGCAACCAGGGCGCACAGGUUUAUCGCAAUGGCGCUUAAAUUACCUGGCACCUAGGUUUGAAGAGUGAUAUCGAAAGGGGGUUGAAAUAAGACUGCGGAGCUCAUGAUGGGACUGCUUGCUUGGUUCGGAGUUCAGGUUAUGCCGUCUUGUCAUUUACGCAAUGUGGUGUUACGCAGGGUACCUGCUCAGUGCAGACGCUGAUGGUCAUGAUGAUUCAGAGAUGUUAAUCUAGACGAGUGGUAGUAAUCACGACAAUGAACAUGAACAUGAGCAUGAAAUUACUAUAACACCGGACCAUACCGCGCC